AUGGGAAAUUAUCGAGGAAUUACCGUCGGUGAUCUAUGCUCUGUGGAAGCGGCCACGUCAAAUCGUUUCCUGCAAGAACUCAGAAUGAGUUGCGUUCAAUGGACGCGAUCCGACGGUUUAACGGCCAUCCAGCGGGACGUACGAUCCUUCGAUGAGCCGGAAAACUACUGGAAAAACCGCCUUUAUCUCGGUCCCAACGCCGUUUCGCCGGUGCUUUCCGGAGUUUCCAGCCGGACGGGUCUUUUAUUUUUCUAA